CCGCCGCUCCGGGCCCGCCCGGCCAAAGUCCCUGCGCCAUGAACGGGGCCCCGGGCGGGCGCCGCCCGGCCUUCCCCGGGCUCCCAGGUAGGGCCGGGGCCGGGACCGGGGGUCCGGGGGGCCCAGUGGGGCUCGGGGGGCUCGGGGCCCUCGGAGCCCCGGACCCAGUGCCGGUCCCCGCAGGGGAGCGGGUGCUGGAGGAGGCGGCGGGCGCCCGGCAGCGCUGCGGGGACGGCGGCGGCUCCGUCCCGGGAACGCUGCUCUGCACCAACCGCCGCCUCGCCUUCCUGCCCGGCCAGGCCCCCGGCUCCCACGGCCUCCUCCGCUCCGAGGACGAGGUGGCCCUGCCCUGCAUCCGCGAGCUGGUGGCAGCCAGCAGCUUCUCCAAGCCCAAGGUGCUCACGGCCACCUCCACCCUCAAGUUCAUCCCCGAGGAACUCGCCGUGUUCUGCCGGGAUUUCCGACUGCUCCGUUUCCACUUCCCCGAGAACGGGUUGGCUCUGCAGGCGUUCCGGGUGGCCAAUGCCAUCGCCCAGGCACGGGAAGCAGCCAUGCAGCCAGGGGAUGCCACCGAGGGACACGAUGGCUGGUCCUGCCCUGCCGAGGCCCCCCCGGAGGAAGAGGAGGAGGAUGAGGAGGGCGAUGAGGAGGAGGAAGGCCUGGGUGCCACGCUGCUCUUUGAGAGCCUGCAGGACUGGGAGAAGGAGCUGGAGCGUUUGGGUGCCGCGGGCUGGAGGGUGAGCGUCGUCAACGAGCGCUUCGACAUGGCCCCCAGCCUCCCCCGGUACCUGUGGGUGCCCAGUGGGCUCCUGGACCACGACCUCAAGAGAACCUUCGGCCACUUCCAGGAGCGCCGGGUGCCCCGCCUGUGCUGGCACCACCCGGGCGGGGGGGACCUGCUGAGAGCUGCCGGCUUCCACCCGGCCUCGGAGCCGGGCAGCGAGGACGUGAGGUGCCUGGAGAUGCUGCUGCUGGGGGGCCGCGGGCCCUGCGUUCUGGCCGACACGGCCGAGCUGCCCUCGCCCGCCGACGUCCAGCUCGCCCACCUCAAGCUGCGGGCACUCUGCCUGCCUGGAGCGGUGGUGGAGGAGAAGUGGCUCUCGGCCCUGGAGGGGACGCGCUGGCUGGACCAUGUCCGCACCUGCCUGAGGAAAGCCGUGGAGGUGGUAUCGCUGCUGGCAGGGAGACGCUGCUCCGUGGUCCUGCAAGAGCCCUCGGACCGGGACCUGAACUGCCUGCUGGCCUCGCUGGUGCAGCUCCUGGGGGACCCCCACGCCCGCUCCUUGCCCGGCUUCCAGAGCCUGGUGCAGCGGGAGUGGGUGGCAGCCGGACACCCCUUCCCGCGCCGCCUGGGGCUGCUCCGCCGGGACACCCCCCGGGAGGAGGCCCCCGUGUUCCUGCUGUUCCUGGACUGCACGUGGCAGCUCCUGCGGCAAUUCCCGGCGGAUUUCGGCUUCACCGAGGCGUUUCUCCUGGCGCUCCACGACAGCAGCUUCAGCCCCUACUUCAGCACCUUCCGCUUCAGCUGCCAGCGGCAGCGGGGCCACGGCAGCCCGCCCCGGCCCCGCAGCCAGACCUACCGCCCGGUGGGUGGUUGGCAGGACCCCUCGGGGGGGCCCGGGGGGCACAGGGGGGGCCCCUCUGCCUGCCCCUUCCCCCCGGUCUGGGCCUGGGGGCUGCGCUACAGCCGAGAGCAGCGGGAGCGAUUCCGGAACCCCGCGGGACCCCCGGCCCCCGCCGAGCCCCCGACCCCGGACGGGCCUGCAGCCCCCUGCCCUUGGCGGGGGGCCGGGCCCGUGCUGGCGCUGGCCAAGGGCUCGUUGUGCCCCCACCCCCUGCCCUGGCGGAGCAGCCGCCCCCCCCUGCGCCCCCCACAGCGGGACCCCCCCCUGGAGAGCCGGGGGGCACGGGGGGGCAUCUCGGGGGGCUCCUGCCCCCCCCCCGGGCUGCUCCUGCCCUGCACGGCCGGACCCUGCGUCCGGCUCUGGCACCGCUGCUACCUCAGGGGGCUGCCCCAGGAACAGCGUGGGCGCUUUGCCCCAUCUUGGUCCGGCCUGGUCGAGGAGUUGGAGCUGCUCCAGGACCGGCUCCGUGCCUGGAACACGUGGAGACCCCGCUGAGCCCCCGGAGAGCACCUGACCCAGCAUGGCUCUGGGAUCCCACCAGGAUCCCUUGGGAUUUGGGGUCUCCUGGAACCGCCUGGCGCCCCCGGUUCCUCUCCGGGCAUUCCAGGGGGCCCGGGAAGGGCAGAGGGGGGACCCGGCUUUCCAUUAAACCUGUGCUGCCUCCACGA